AUUCCAAAAUCCCAAAAGGAAAAAUGUGUGUAAAAGGAAACAUCCGGAGGUGGAUGGAAAAGAAAUUUACGGGCAAAGCAAACUUGAUCCCAAAGCAGCUGCAACUACAAAUCAAUCACAGUUUCUUUCCGGCCUCAACAAAUCCUAAAUUUCUACGUUCUCUGAGGGUGAGAGGUACAGAUUACCAGAAAGAAUAUGGCUAGGGAUAGCUGUUUAGCUCGUGUAACCGCUGGAUUCGCCGUGGGCGGUGCUAUUGGUGGUGCCGUCGGUGCAGUGUAUGGGACGUAUGACGCUAUUAGGUUUAAGGUACCAGGACUCCUAAAGAUUAGGCAUAUUGGACAAACCACAAUUGGGAGUGCUGCAAUUUUCGGUCUUUUCUUGGGUGCUGGGAGCUUGAUACAUUGUGGAAAAUAGUACUAAGUUCCUAUAGUCGUGUUAAUUAGAGUUGAGUUUUUCUUUGAGCUGCAAGUCUAUGGAUGACAUGAAUGGAAUUCACUAUGGAUAUUACUUGUUAAAUACAGAAAAUUUCUUUGUUGAGUUUUCAUUAGUCGCUUGAAACAGCUUCUUUGCAAGAGGGUUUCUCUAUUAUUUGGAAUUCUCCCGUGUUUCAGCAUUUUU